AUACCUUACUCUCUGGAUUUAACAAGCAAAAAUAACGAGUAGCAAUUGAAUUUGUUAACAAUAAUUGUUAGCAACAAUAAUUGUGAAUUUUUUUACUCUUGUGUUAAAUGAAUAUUGUGUGAUUUUAUGCAACCUUUUAUCUCUGUGUUUACAACAGUCACCAACUAUGUGAUGAAACAAACUCGUACUGCUUCAACGAAUCAAAAAAUUUUCAUUGUAGUAAUUAAAUAUACAUAGCAACUAUUGCAGGAUAAUUGUGAUUAACCGAUAGUUAAUUUAUCAGUUUAAUCCCUAGUUACAGUUGUAAAAACGAAAGUGUCUGAGUUAUUAAUAAAUCCAUUGUACAUUAAAAUCAUCAAACUCAUUAAACAGUCAACAGUGCCUACCGUUACCUCAGCUGUACUCAUCACCAUACAUCUUAUUUUUUAUUGGACAUUGGAUCAACCGUCACCAUGAAACUAAAGAAAGUGAUCCUCAACACAGUUGCUUUGAUUAUUCUGGUUGCACUUCUGGUUCUGGUUACAGCUGCAAAGCCAUAUAGACGAGGAUUUUGGUGUUCAGAUGAGACAAUCAAGUACAAGAAACAGAAGGAAACGGUUGAUGUUAAACAAUUGGCCUUGCUUUGUGCUCUUUUACCGUUCAUUGUGAUAAUUAUAACUGAAAUUGUUGCUUCCAAAAAAGUAGAAAAGCUUAUUCUUUCAAAGUUAAAGAAGCAAAAUAAUAGACGAUCGUCAUCAGAACCAGAGUCAUCAUUCUGGGCCAAUCUUGGAUCAGUCACCUAUUCCUGGUUUUUCACUUUAUCUCUGACUGCACUCAUCACUGGUGUCAUUAAAGUACAAGUUGGACGUUUGAGGCCAGUUUUUUAUCUCAUGUGUUUACCCGAUGUUUCAUGUAGUGAUCCAGUAAACCAAGGAGUCUAUCUAACCAAUUACACUUGUACAGCUGCAAAUGAAUCGACAGAAAAUUUCAUCCGAUCGUCAUUUCCUUCAGGCCAUACUUCAUACACCAUUUCAUCCAUGCUUUUCCUAAUCAUUUACUAUUCAAAACGAUUCAAUGUUGAUAAGAACAACGACUGGAGAUUUUUGAUUGCCUUAAUUCAAACUGGGUUUCUUUCAAUUGCUCUCUAUGUCGGCUUAUCAAGGGUUGCUGAUAACAUUCAUCAUUGGCAAGACGUUUUAGGCGGCUUCAUUAUUGGUGUUGUUGUCACUUUAGUUUGUGCAUGCUUUUUAGACCAUUUCAACAGCUCAAAUGAAGAAAAAUCUGACCAAAAUGAUUCAAAAUCCAAAGUAGAUUAUCCUGAACGUUUGGAAACAUUUUAACUUGAAAAUUUUAAAAAUGAAAAUCAAUUGACUUUCUGGUAACUAGCAUUAAGUAUGAUUACCAGAAUACAUGUGAUCCGUGUUAAGUGAUGUAUCUUUUAUCAUUUUGUAUUUUAACAUUGAACAGUUGUAUCACCAUUGAUAAUUUAUCAAUGUAAUUCAAAAUCAUUGAACCAUCUUUUUACCCCUCUGAGUUAACAAUUGAAGAGUAUCAAAAAACCUAAUCAAGUGGUUAACAUGUUAACAAGAUUUUAUCUAUCAGUUCAGUAUUUGACAUGUCAUUGAACAUACUAGGAAUGUAACCAUGAUUUUCUUUUCAAUAAAAAAGAUCAUUUUAAUGAUUCCAUCAUAUGAGAUGAGAUUGAAUCCAACUUCAAUUGUGCAAACCUUGAAUGAUACUUUUGUUGGAAACCAAUAUUCAAUGAAUUAAAUUUCAGGACAGCAUUUCCCAGCGAAACAAAUUAAAGUUU